CCGGGCCGCCGUAGUCUCGCCGCAGGUUUUCCCAACAUGGCUGCCCCCAUCACUCACCCUGCUCUGUCCUCCUUUUGCAAAAUAAACUGUAAUAUUAAUGGAAUAUAUAGUUUAAUUUCAUUAAAUAGGAGGAUUUCAAUCUCCUCUGUCGUCUCAACAAGCGUCGUGGCCACAGAAAGAGAAGCCACAGGUAGAGGUGGUCGGGGUCAGUGGAGGUCAAGGAGACAGGCUGGGGAUCCCAGGACAGAGCGGAUGGCCGAGGAUCAGGACUGGACCGCGGUUUACCCCACUGCUGCCUCAUUCAAACCGUCCGCGGUUCCCCUGCCGGUGCGGAUGGGAUAUCCCGUGAAGAGAGGCGUGCCGCCUGCCAAGAAGGGCAACCUGGAGCUGAUAAAGAUUCCAAACUUUUUACACUUAACCCCGGUUGCCAUUAAGAAGCACUGUGAGGCGCUGAAGCCGUUCUGUACGAAGUGGCCGUCCGCCCUGGACUCUGAUGAGAAAUGCAUGGAGCACUUCCCAAUCCAGGUGCAGAGUAAGGAAUUUGCAUCCGCUGGACUGUCGCUGCGAAACCCAGACGCGCGGAUAGUGACACUGAAGGUGAAGCUCUCCAGCCUAAAUCUGGACGAUCAUGCCAGAAAGAAGAUGAUCAAACUCAGUGAUGAGCGUUACUGUAAAGACACCGACACGCUCACCAUCACCACAGACAGUUGCCCGCUGAGACAGCAGAAUUAUGAUUACGCCAUGUACCUCCUCACCGUGCUUUACCACGAGUCCUGGAAAACCGAGGCAUGGGAGCAGGAAAAGACACGUGCAGAUAUGGAGGAGUACGAGUGGGAAGACAGUCCAUCCCAAAAGAACGUUCUGGAAACUCUCCUGCGCAUGCGACCGCUAGGAGCGAAGGAUGAGGUGGAGGAGGGAACCAGGGAGGAGCUGCUGGGACAGCCGGCCGUACAGGAGUACAGAGACGCUAUGGUCGGGCUGAAGAACGAGGGAGAGACCGAGGAAAAUCUACGGAAGUAUAAAGAGGCUGUGAAGAAGCUCCUGAAUAUCUGAGCUCCAUUAUAUGUACAAUUUCAUAUUAACAGUGUAAUGCAUUGUUUCUAUUAUUUUGAUGUUUUUGUUUUCAAACUAUAUGCAAAAUUCUGUGAAAAAUAAAUAUGACAGCACUA